GUGCUUCUUCUUGCACAUUUUUACGAGCAUCUCCGUGUGCGUCUGCUUGCAACUCUCCUCCUUCUGCUAGCCUGUUGACGCGUUAGGGACCCUUCCAUCAAUGGACUCUCUCCGUCAACAGUAGAUACGUUUGCUAGAGUACUCGCCGCACAACAGCAACCAAAAAUUCUCUUUCUGCUAAAACGAGUGCUGGCAAAGCUGCAUGCGUGUUAUGAAAAGAAAAGCGCUGCGGUUUUUACUCCAUACAUUUUCUUGCGUGAAAGCCGCCCCGAAGCACCCGCUGUGAGAGCGUGGAGCGCUACGUAUGCCGUCCGCGAGAUACGAGGGCUAAACCUGCCACCGUGCCCGUACCCGCACUUCGAUUCAAAAGACGGCGACAAUGAAUGUGUUUCUCGUGUGUGGUGAGUGCGGCUCAUCUGUGGCCCUGCAGGGCAACAGUGCCGCAAGGCAGCGCAGCGCUUCUUCUGCUGUGCAAGAAGCGGUGCAGUUCCCACCUCUUCACGUCGUAUCGGAGUCCGCGGCGCAGACACCAACGACACCUGUUAGCGAGCACCGCACCCGCACGCGAAACACGUCACAGGACGGGGAACACUCGUUGCUGCUGCAGUCCCUUCUCCCUCCCCCGCCCAGCUCUAUCCUUGUGAGCAGUGAGACGCACCCCGCUGCGGCAACGGCACACAGCAAAGCCCAUCGUACCCGCAAAACAAGCAACCUCUCUUUCUCUAACAACGUCAAUAGCCCUCACAUUCGAGGCACUCGUCUCGAUCGGGUCCGGCUGACGUCGCUGAAUGUGGCCGAUGAAAGCGCCCUUGCGGGAUCGAACUCGUACCUGCUCUCGAAUAGAAGUUUGCCGCCGCAGCCGAACCAGCGGACACCAAACUCGCACUCGAAGCCCGCCGGACGCCGUCUGGGGAGUUCGCCCCACAGCUAUGAUCCAAUGGCCGGUGCUGCGGUGGCAGGUGACGCCAUGGCGACUUCGACCAUAGCGCUGCGGGACACGAUGCGCCGCUCUGGCGUGCGAUUUCUGCCCUCUCAAAGCGACGACGACGGCGACGGCGUUGGGAUGGUGAAGGAUGCGGCGGUGAGUGGCGACGGUGCUAACGGCGGCUACCCUCGUCAUUCUGUUGAUGGAGAGAGGAUGAGGACACCGAGGAGUGGCACCCCGCACUGUCGACAGGACGACCCGGGUCGUGUCGGAGGGGAUCGAAACUCCGACCUGAGCAACCGGUCGUUCUCGCUCCGCUCCGACAGCCCCCCUCCGCCAUCACGGCCGCCGAACCCAUUCGUGCGCCACAGCGGGGAGGAGCUGCACGAGAGUUUGUUCCACCCGCUGAGCCUCAACUCGAGCUUCGACCCCACGCGCACGCAGCGUCGCGGCAACGGCAGCGACGGCGUCUUCCUCCUCUCCAACCCUGAUACUCACUCCACAUCCGCGAGCCCCACCGCCUCACCUGCCAGCAUUCUACUCAAAUCGAGUACCAUCCGGCACUCCGUCACGAACGGGGUCACUGGAGGAAACAGUGGCCAUCCGUGCUGGGACACCCCACGCGGACCGCGAGAGACCCAGAAAUCCACCUCGGAGCGUCGUCACAGCGCAUUACCGCUGCCGUGCUUCGUCAAGCAAGACAUCUCGCCGCAGCUGUUCUGUCAACAGGAAAGCGACAGCGGCGAGGAUGAUCUCACCGUGGAGAACGUGAAGGCCGUCAUCGAACGCAUGCAGAAGAAAGACAACAGUCCGACAGCCUUCACGAAGUCGCCGAAACGAGAGAAACGAUGA